AUGGCGAACAGAUUUUUCGCAUUUGCUGUGGCGCACACAGAUCGCGAGCAGCAUAUUAAAGAUUGGCAAAAUGUCUGCAUAAUGGCUUCAGAGAACGCUCUGAGUGCCGAUUUCACGACGGACGAUGAUGUGGAGUGGCCUCUGCAGGAAGGGAAUGCAGAAUCAUCACUUCAAAUUGUGGUAUGAAAUAUUUUGCAUGAACCGAUCGCUACCGAAACAAAGCACAGGCUUCUGAGCCCGCUUUUUUCCAGGGCAUAUCAGCCAAAACGGCCUACGGGAACCAAAAAGAUACAAGACACCAAACCUGCAUGGGGGUGGAAAGAUUUCAUCCCUUUUAUUCGAUGCAUUAUGAAAAAGACGAAUCAGCGCCAACAAAGUGGAUUGAUAUUUUGGAAGGACGUGAGGAAGCUACACUUCCACCUCUCUAGAAUAACCUGAUUGCGGAAUUUUUAGGGGAGGAUGAAGUGGAGAGCGGAAGAAGAAUCGCGUAAUGGUUUUUUUUCAAAGAUGUAAACAACGAUUUGACUCCACAGAUGAUUCGCGGAAUCAAAGAGAGAGUGAGAAACAGUUUUGUGAUCAAACACAGCUAUGCCUAUCAGCUUCGGAACAUUGAAACGGAGGAAACAAUGGCCUAUUUUCAGAAUAAAAGAAGACCCUGGUUUGAAAGAAUGUCGGAAGCGAGACUGUUGUUGGAAGAACAAGAAGAAAACAGCCUCCAGAGCGAAAACAUAUAG